CCAUACUUUAGCUCAGAGCUUGUAACACUUCGGACGGUGCCCGCUCAGGUCUCAGGUCUCAGCUCCGCUCAGAAAUCCGAAAUUAUUCGCGUUCUUUUAGUGAGCGGCGGCAGUUUGUGUCUGAUACAAAUUUAGUUCGAAAAACACACAGCCUUAAACCCUAACUUUAAGUGGCUUUUAAUUGUCGCUCGCGUUGACAUCGGGUUUUUAUUUUGGUUUUGUUGUGUUUUAUUUAAGUGGCAAUUUUCGGAUCGUAAUCCAAUCGUAAGAUGCAAAUCCGAAUACUAGUAUUGGUGGUAUCGCAGCUGCUGUGUGGCCCAGCGGGAAUGUCCAGUGUCAGUGCCCUCAGGCAGUUCGCCUAUGAGCCAGGAAAAUGUGCGAUAACCAUCACAGAAGUGAUCGAUGCGAUGAUCAAAACACAGCUCGGGCUGCUCCUCGGGACACGAACACGCCUAUCGCAGAGGCAGCUACUCCGCUAUGAUCUCUACACGCCCCUGAAUCCCGAGGUGCGACAGCUACUGAAACCAGGGGAUUUGGGCACGCUCAAGCAAUCCAAUUUCAAUCCCAAAUGGCCUGUGAGAUUUUCCAUUCAUGGCUGGGGGGGAAGGAGUGAUUCCUGCUCGAAUGCCGCCAUCAAGGAUGCCUAUCUGUCGCGCGGAAAUUACAAUGUAAUCAUCUUGGAUUGGAGCCGCCAGUCAAUGGACAUUAGCUACCAGCGAGUGUCCAAGCAGCUGGCCGCCAUUGCCGCCAAUCUGGCCAAAAUGGUGCGCUUCCUGCACGACAACACGGGCGUACCGUACGAGCAGAUCUACCUGGUGGGCCACAGUGCUGGCAGUCACAUCUCCGGGCUGGCGGGGAAGCAGCUGCGUCCGCAGCGUCUGGGCGCCAUCUUCGCCUUGGAUCCCGCUGGUCUCACGCAACUGAAACUCGGACCGAGCGAGCGACUGUCCCCCAACGAUGCCAUGUACGUAGAGUCCAUCCACACGGAUCUGACGCUGCUGGGUAACCCGAGCGAUCAGCUGAGCCACGCCUCCUUCUUCACCAACUGGGGCUUGGGGCAGCCGCAGUGUCCCAAUGCAACGGCCACGGAAUUUGACUUUGUUUGUGAUCAUUUCGCGGCCUUGUAUUACUUUGCCGAGUCGGUACGUCGUCCACGAUUAUUCCCCGCCUUGCGAUGCGGUUCGGCGGCAGCCAUACGAUCGGCCACCUGCAACUGCCGCAACAGCACCAGCAGCAGCAGCAGCAGCAGACACGCAGCCAUGCGGCAGACAUGCCCUGGCGAUCAGUUCAUGGGCGGUGAGCCAGCUGUCCAAAAGAAUGGUGUCUACUACCUGAGCACACAGAGGCAGGCGCCAUACGGCUACGAUGAUGGCAUGGUGCACAUGCAGCCACCAAAGGCAUCGACCAUUGCGGCGACGGGAGACGUGCGGGGGUGGCGACUCGAGUAGGCGACCCGAAUGGCCAAAAAUGUGAUUUAUCUACAUGUUUAAGUUUAGAGCUAAGUGAGCCAUUAAAGU